AUGAAUGGGUUGAAGUAUGACCGACAGCUGCGUUUGUGGAGCCUUGCAGGCCAGCGUUCACUGGCGGAGGCGCAUGUUGUGGUUUUGGGCGCCACGGCAACGGCGGCGGAGGUGCUGAAGAACUUGAUUCUGCCGGGGAUUGGCUUCUACACCAUCGUGGACGAUGCCCCCGUUGAUGAUGGGGCACUCGGGAAUAAUUUUUUUCUCUCCGUCGAUGACUACAUCUCACACCGCCCACUCUCGGAGGCUUUGCUGCAGCAUCUCAGUGCAUUAAAUCCGCAGUCAAAUGGAAUGGCUUGUGUGGAGUCAUGUGUCUCGUGGGUGGAGGACUUCUUGUCGACUGGCAUGCAAGCGCGUGGCACGGUCAGCUUGGACCAGCAAUGGCCGCCGCCCUCUCUUAUUUUGGUGACACCACGACUACCUGCCUUUUUGCUUCGUCGUCUUUCAGUCUGCCUGAAGGUUCAGAAUGCACCGCCGCUCUUGUACGUGCAAACGCUGGGUCUAAUGGGCCUCAUUCACGUGCAGGAGAAGGAGCGGCUCAUUAUUCAUGCAGAGCCAAAGAGUGAAACAUGUGUGGAGGACCUUCGUAUUUUCAACCCUUUUCCUGGACUGAAGGAUUGGUUUGAUGCGCAUGAUCCAGAGGAUGACUCACUCUUUGGCGACGAUAUCGAGUUGCAUAGUCAUAUUCCAUGGAUUGCAAUUCUCUAUCACGCUCUUCAACGCCUUCGACGGGAGCGUGGCACACCACGGCUUGUGCCACGCACCAAGGUAGAAUAUGAUGCCGUAAGAAGGGUCGUCGGCGCAUUUAUUCGUAGGCCGCACCCGCCUCAAGAGGGUUUUAUGGAGGCUAUGGAGAAAUGUUGUGUGAUUCUUAACCGUCCGUCUCUGUUGCCUAGUAAAGUGCAGGACAUUCUGCAGGACCCUCGUAGUGAUGCACCGUGUCUUAAUGGACAAUUGGUUAAUGAUCACAGACCACUUUACUGGCUGGUGCUGCAUGGAAUCAAGCGAUUCAUGGAAGAAAAUGAUGGAGUGCCACCAUUCUGCGGAUAUGUACCGGACUUCACCACCACAACACAGUGGUAUGGUGAGCUGCGUGCCAUUUACGACAAGAAAUUGCGAGACGAUUGCAAAUUGGUGUACGACUACGCGAUGGAAGCUAUUGGUGGCUGCAGUUACGACAGCAGUGCAUCCGUAGUGGAUGCGAACGAAAUCUCUGAACUGACGCGGGCUUUGGUUCAGAAUAUAUGGACACUACAACUCGUGCGAUUUGGCCCUGAUCUCGAUGAGACGGCCACGGACGCACCACUGCGAUGGCAGUGUGUUUGUCACUAUUUUGACGAAUGCGAGAGUGAAGAGGAGCGAUUCACUGUGGAAUUGUACAUGGCUCUUUUAGCUGCACACCAAUUUGAGGAGCAGUUUGGGCGAUCACCGGGGCAAUUGCUUCAUCCCAGCGCAGAGCCGGAUGCAACGUGGGUAGAUGACUCGAAGGAGUUGUUGCGGAUAAUUGAGGAGGCAUGGCAAGGAUACCGCUGCGACACGGACCUCACGGCAAAGGCAUGCAUGGAAGUGGCUCGGUUUGGUGGUGGCGAACCAGCUGCCACGGCGUGUAUCGUUGGGGCGGCGGCGGCGCAGGAGUGCAUCAAACUUGUGCAGCAUCGUCGUGUUCCCAUUCAGCGGCCGUUGAUAUUUGACGGGUACCGAUGCUGUUUUUGGCUUGUCCCACCACCGCGGGAGGAGGUUGAGGGCGUGGCGCCCACAUGA